CAGCCUAUCGGCCGGCCCUCAAGAGGCGGCUCCAGCGGCAGCGAGCGCGCAUGCACCGGCUCGGGCGGCCCUUUUGCGGAGCGCGCUUGGCGGGGCAGCGGGGGAGGACAGACGGCGGGGGCCCAUGGCGAGCGCGGUUAUUAAAUGCAAGGCUGCUGUUGCCUGGGAGGCAGGUAAACCACUCUCUAUAGAAGAGGUGGAGGUUGCGCCACCAAAAGCACAUGAAGUCCGUAUUAAGGUUGUUGCCACUGCAGUCUGUCACACCGAUGCCUAUACGCUGAGUGGUGCUGAUCCUGAGGGGUGUUUCCCAGUGAUCUUGGGUCACGAAGGAGCAGGAAUUGUGGAGAGUGUUGGGGAAGGAGUAACUAAAUUAAAACCAGGUGACACAGUCAUCCCACUGUACGUCCCACAAUGUGGAGAAUGCAAGUUCUGUUUGAACCCGAAAACCAAUCUCUGCCAAAAGAUAAGAGUUACCCAAGGAAAAGGACUGAUGCCUGAUGGUACCAGCAGGUUCACCUGCAAAGGGAAGCAGAUUUACCACUUCAUGGGGACUAGCACCUUCUCUGAAUACACCGUUGUGGCUGAUAUCUCUGUGGCUAAAAUUGAUGCUGCAGCUCCUCUGGAUAAAGUUUGCCUGUUGGGCUGUGGAAUUUCAACAGGUUACGGAGCUGUCAUCAAUACUGCCAAGGUGGAACCUGGUUCUACCUGUGCCGUCUUUGGAUUGGGAGGAGUUGGGCUGGCAGUUAUUAUGGGCUGUAAAGUGGCUGGAGCUUCCCGGAUCAUCGGCAUUGAUCUCAACAAAGAUAAAUUUGCCAAGGCUAAAGAGUUUGGAGCCACUGAGUGCAUCAACCCUCAAGACUUUAAGAAGCCCAUACAGGAGGUGCUGGUUGAGCUUACUGAUGGUGGAGUGGACUACUCUUUUGAGUGCAUUGGGAAUGCUGGUGUCAUGAGGGCUGCCUUGGAAGCCUGUCACAAAGGCUGGGGACUCAGCGUGAUAGUUGGAGUAGCUGCUGCUGGUCAGGAGAUCUCUACCCGUCCCUUCCAGCUAGUAACGGGUCGCACAUGGAAAGGGACUGCCUUUGGAGGUUGGAAGAGUGUAGAGAGUGUACCAAAGCUGGUGGCUGAAUACAUGUCAAAAAAGAUCAAAGUUGAUGAAUUUGUGACUCACAGGCUGCCUUUUGACAAAAUUAAUGAAGCUUUUGAACUGAUGCAUGCAGGGAAGAGCAUUCGAAGUGUCCUGAAACUUUAAGGAUUCCGAAGAUGGAACCUGCUAGUCUUAGCACUACGUGUUGUCUACUAGUUAAUGGCGCUUUUUGAAGAGGUGUAGGAUCAGCUGGAGAGAAAAUUCAGUUGUAAUGGGAAAACCAUCUGCUUUAGGAUCAUAGUCUCUGUUAAAUCAUAGGUAACCUGAUCUCAGACUAACGAUAAAUACUAAAUCCAGUUGUGAAACUAAUGCUGGUUGUGAUCAUGAAAUUAAUGUUUUAUUCUAUACUAGUCACUCCUGAAUUGACAGUGCCUAAAUCUUUAAAGUUGCUUGAUUAUUUUGUAAGCCCUACUUAAACUUUCACUCCUUUAGUUAUUUUUCUCUACUUCUAAAAAGUUAUUAGGUGGAGCACGUAAGACGCAACAGUCUGUGGGUUGCAGAUGUGCAUAGAGGAACUUCCUCCCCAUGCAAAAGGGGAUGGGGAGAAGACCCAGCUGUAUCUGCAGCAGCUUCCUAAUCCUCAUGCUGGGGGAUCUUCCUGCAGUGCUCAUCAGCAGUAAAAGUUAAAUGUUGCAGUUAAGCUCUCCCAUUGCAGAGAACCCCAUGGAUGAAGGGAGUAUUUUUACACCAUUUUAUUAGUUCAGAGCUAGGUUUUUGUCUUUCUUCCAAACCACAGCCAGUAGAUUCUUAUCACAGGAAGCUUAGUUUCUGCAGAUGAUUGAACUGCCAGUGAAAUACUGCACUACAGGCUGAAGCUGACCUUAUUCCUUCUGUCUUCACUUAACUGCUGUGGAAGCCCAGGGGCACAGGAGAGGGUGACUUAAAUCAAGGCCCAACACCUAGCCAACCUGUCACCACUACAGUAAAUAGCCCUAAUUCUAAAACAAACUUGUCUAAGACUUACCCUUUAUUUUGAAAAAAACAUUAAAACUAGUCAAAGAUUUCUAUGAUGAUGAAGUGAGCUGUAGCUCACAAAAGCUUAUGCUCAAAUAAAUUUGUUAGGCCGUAGGGUGCCACAAGUGCUCCUUUUCUUUUUGCGGAUACAGACUAACAUGGCUGCUACUCAAACGUGAUGAUGAUACAGUAUGAGGCCCAAAGCCACAGCUGUGUGGGCUGUGAUUAGUCAGCUCUUACUGAAAGUGCACUGAGGAAAGUGCACUCCUUACAACAAUGCUAAAGGAAAACUGAGCAUGGUGUAGAAAGCGAUAUUGGGGAUUUACUUUCUUCCUCCUGGCCAAUAAACUGCUGCCCUAGCAUGAGCGUGUGGAGCAAUCUGUAGUAAAUCUGACCAGUUUUACAGGCUGGACUAAGUAACGCAAACAUCCCAUGGUAAUGUCACAAGAAUCUUUCUGGUUCUUCCACUCCUGCUUCAUUUCCUAUUUGGCUAAUUAGUCUAUUGUGCUGUAGUGUUGAAGUUAACCAACUGUCAGUAGAUCAGCAGUAAAUAAAAUAUACUGGAGGUCUUCUAUAAUAGAAAUCCUACACUAUCAUUCCAUAUACUUGACCAUAGAUUCAGAUGUUGCAACUUAUUCCAGUGUUUAAAGAUGGUUUCUCUGACAAAGUAGUUUUAGUAGGAACUACCUGAUCCACUUACAACUAGGCUGUAGUUCAGUUAGACUUAAAGCUUUCUCUGGUCUUGUAUCUAUUUAAUUCUAAGGCAAAAUUAAAGUAGGGAAUGAAGAAGUCCACUGGAGCCAUUCCAAGCAGGGUUUCUUAACCAAGACGGAUAUCUGACUGACUUUGAAGUUGCAGGUUAAGUCACAGCAUCCAUAACUUCUAGGAUGCAUUGCCUUUAUUACCACACAAACAUCAUGGUGUGUGUAAGUAGUGUGUGACAGUUAGGGGAGAACCACUCACCUCCAUUGUUAGAAAAAUGAGAUGUAUCUGGCUCAAUUAGUGAAAAAAACAGCUUUUGUCAUACCUGGACAAUUACUGAGAGGGACCCCUUACACCUUCCCCCUCCCCCCCCAUAAAUAAAAAGGCCUAAAAACCAUCUAGUUAAGUUCUCACCUAAUAUUUGACCAGUUGACCACUCAAUUAAAUGGAGUAAUUUUUCUGAGGUAGCAGCUGCUGAAGAAUUACACAGAGAAGGGAUAGAUCAUCAAAACUUUCUCUUAAUAGUGCUGAUGAGGGACUAACUCUACUCUUGAAAUAUAGCAUAUGGAAGAUUUACCAAUUUUAAGAACUUUAUGGGACAAAUCUAACUCCAUUUUGGAGCAAUACAAGCCUGUAGACCAAAUCAUUUCAAUAGCAGUCAUGUAAGGGAUGGAGAGUUCUCUUCUGCUUCUCUUUCCUCCACUUCCCCUUCUAGUCAUCCUUGUAUCUGUUUGGUUUCAUACACUGCAUUGUUCUUCAGCAUUAAUUAGAACAACCUGUCUUCUGGAAAAUAUCUAUAUGAGUCAGCAAAAACUGCUAAAUGCUACAUGGAAAUUUAAGCAGUUUCCCUAUCCCCUUUUGUGGUUUGGGGAGUGAAGGUGGUGGUAUAGGGAAACUAUGGUGAAAGGUAGUUCCAGAGCAACUACACAUUUGUGUUUGUGGCAGGAGCCGUCAAGUCAAGAGAAAUUGUUAGAAAUUUAACAAGACGGUAACUUUUAUAAGAUUUAACCUAUUUCCAAAAUUUGGAAGACAAAAAUAUAGUCUGCAUUUGUAAGCAAAACUACAUAGAUUCAUAGAUAUUAAGGUCAGAAGGGACCAUUAUGAUCAUCUAGUCAGACUCCUGCACAAUGCAGGCCACAAUCUCACCCACCCACUCCUGCAAUAAACCUCUCACCUAUGUCUGAGCUAUUGAAGUCCUCAAAUCAUGGAUUAAAGACUUCAAGGAGCAGAGAAUCCUCCCUCAAGUGACCCGUGCCCCAUGCUACAGAGGAAGGCGAAAAACCCUCAAGGCCUCUUCCAGUCUGCCCUGGAAGAAAAUUCCUUCCCAACCUCAAAUACGACUAUCAGCUGAACCCUGAACAUGUGGGCAAGAUUCACCAGCCAGAUACUACAGAGAAUUCUUUCCUGGGUAACUCAGAUCCCAUCACAGGCCAUUGGUCCUAUUUACCAUGAAUAGUUAAAGAUCAAUUAAUUGCCAAAAUCAUGUUAUCUACUAGAAACUGGAAGAAAAAAAAAAUACUGAAAUAGUGGGGGAGAAAAGCCAUACUGAUCUGGUCUUCAGACUGACUUGCUAUCUGGUGAAUAAACUGGGAGGCUGUCUAAAUGAAAAAAUGUAAAUUUACUAUAUAAUAAACAUUAAUUCAGAGGUAA